AUGGAUAGAAAAACAAUAAAUCCAGUGCAUUUGAGUGAUAGAACAAACUACCUACAUAGAAGCAAAGUGGAGAUAUACAAAGAUAUGUGCUCUAAACCCACAUUUGCCAAUAAACUCAUGCAGAAACCUUCACAGGAAGUUCAAACAGAAACCAGCAUAUCUCCUGUGGAAUCUACCAAUAUAGAAGAAUGUGGAAUUAGGAAAUAUAUUAUAUUUCCUAAUUCCUGGAAAAGGGCAAGGAUCGUACCUGUGCCGAAACCGGGAAAUCUGGACGAGUGUAGGCCUAUUUCUCUAUUGCCAGUAUUGGGAAAGGUACUUGAACGUUUAUUGACUAAUAGAUUAUCUUGGCAUUUGGAGACAAAUCAAUAUUUGCAUAGCAACCAAUAUGGUUUUCGCCCACAAAAAUCUGCUCCAGACGCAAUUGAGAAAGUUAUCAAAAGUAUAAAUCUCUUAUUAGAGGAAUAUAGAUUCGUACUUGCUAUAAGCCUGGAUAUAGCAAAAGCUUUCGACAGCGCAUGGUGGCCAUCGAUUUUGCAGAGCUUGCGAGAUAGGCAAUGUCCCAGAAACAUAUAUAGAAUUUUUAUUCAUUACUUAAACAAUAGAACUGCAGAGCUGUGUUAUGGUGCUCACAUUAUGCGUAGAAAUGUCGUUAGGGGUUGCCCUCAGGGCUCUGUAUGUGGCCCUAUCUUGUGGAAUACUGUCUUUGACAACUUUUUAAGACAGAGCUUUGGCCACGUAACAAUUGCUUAUGCAGAUGAUGCAAUCGUUCUUCUGGGGGGUAAUUCGAGAGCUGCUCUAGAGAUCUUCGGUAACGAUACUUUAUGUAAGAUAAGCAAAUGGGGUAAGGAAUACAAACUUACCUUUAACAUUAACAAAACGAUGGGAAUUGUUUUUAAUAAACCUGGUAAACCGAAUCUCUACCGGAGGACCCCGGUUAUUAAGAUGGAUGGACAAAGUGUUAAAAUUGUUAAAUCCAUCAAAUAUUUAGGAAUCAUAUUAGACCAUCGUUUAUUAUGGAAUACACACAUAGCAUACAUAACUGAUCGUACUGGCAGUAUAUUUAAUAUUCUUACUGGCUUUGCUAAGAGACGCUGGGGACUUACUACCGAUGCCCUUAACAUCAUAUACAAACAAAUUUUCGUACCAAUAAUUACAUAUGCUUGCGGUAGCUGGAGCCAAGAUAUAUAUAAAAUUCAUAUAAAUAGAAAACUUAUAUCUGCACAAAGAAAGGCGCUCAUCCAGUUGACCAGAGCUUAUUGCACAACCCCUAAUGUCUCCAUCCAAGUUCUGGCAAGAUGUCCUCCUAUUGAUAAAAUCAUUGACUAUACUGCAAAAAUUUGGCAUAUCAAAUGGGGACAGAAUAUACAAACUGAUGAUUACAUUAUUAGGGCAGAGGACGUCGAAAGACCAGUGGCUUUUAAUCAAUCAAGACAUCCUGCCACCACAAAUAAUUUUGCUAUUAACACCUAUGAUAAUGCAGACUUUCAUCUUUUUACAGAUGGCUCUAAAACGGGUAACCGAGUAGGCUGCAGUUUUAUUGCAUACUGCCGUGAAGAGAUAUUGACUAUGGAACAAUAUCGACUUGGUGAAAAUUGCUCAAAUUUCCAAGCCGAAUUGUUCGCCAUUCAAAUGGCUGUUGCUUGGUGUAAGCAUAAUUAUACAAACAAAAGGAUUUCUGUUAAUACUGAUUGUUCUUCUGCCAUAGCUCUGCUAAAAACCAGAAACUAUCAUCCGAUUGCAAAUCGUAUACAAGAUAUCAUAAAUACAUCCACUUGUCAUUUCGCUAUAAACUGGAUUCGAGGACAUCAAGGGCACUAUGGAAAUGAACUGGCAGACGAACUUGCAAAAGAGGCUUCUUAUAAGGAGGACUUACCUGUAUCUUACAAAAGAAUUAGUAUACAAACAAUUAAAACUAUCCUGUGGAAAGAAGUAAUUCAUGCAUGGCAGCUUCAAUGGAAUAAUAUUAAUAAUAAAACACAUGAAUAUAUUACAGAUAUUACAAAUUUCCUUAGUAAUAAAUGGUACAAGCCUACCCACCAACUCACACAAAUAUUAACAAAUCAUGGGAGAUUUUAUUCAUACCUUUCAAGAUUCAAGGGCACAUCAAACUCAAGAUGUCUUAUAUGUGAUUGCAACGACAGCAGCGAUCAUUAUAUUUAUACAUGCCCUAUGCUAGAAAAUGAAAGAUUGAUUUUAAAACUGUUACUUGAGUCUCAUGAUCUCCAUUGGCCACCUCCCACCUUAGAACGUCUCUUUGAUCACAAAGAUACCUUCGAUGCCUUUGUACAACUCGUUAACAUGUAUUUUGUAAGGACCAGUGUACCAGCUUAUUCUGGCCAUUAA